CAGGUUAAUUAACGUGGGUUAUAUACAGUACGUGUGUGUGUCCAACACUUCAAUCUCUCAAAAUAAUGAAAUAGUACUAUUCACUUUCAUUUACUUUGUAAACUCCCCCAUACACACGAGUGAAUGAUAUAAACUUUUAACUAAUUCCUUGUCCUUUUUUAUAAUUAUUAUUUAUAGCCACAAAAUUCCAGAAAUCUGCAAACCCACAUUUAUAUAAGAAAAAAAAGAGUCACAGAGAACAUUCUUCUCUGAUACUAAUGCCUGGCCUGGCCGAGUCUUAAAAGAGUUUUUGUUCUUGCUUUUUGGUUCUUGAUUGGACUAAAUCUGAGUUAAUAAGGAGAAACAAGAAGAAAUAAUCAAGAUCAUAAUGGUUUGUUUCUGUUUCUUGGUUGAUCAGACAAGGAAAGUGAAACGGAGCAAACCGGUGGCUGGAACAUGCUCACGGUGUGGCCAUUGUGCGAGCAUCGCCGACAUGAAGACUUCCACCAGAUUCUGUUUCAUUCCUAUUUAUUGGAAAUCUUGGAGAGCUGUCGUUUGCAGUUUCUGCGGCUCUGUUCUUAAGUCUUAUCGUUAAAUAAGAUUUUCCAAAAUUUUAUCAACUCACUGUUUUUUUGUUUUUUCCUUUUCUUUAAAUGAUGAUCCUCUCUUAAAUAUUAGCAACAGAAAUUAGGUAUAUAUAGUAUUAUUAUUAUAUAAUGAUAUAUGCAAUAGAUAUGUAUGUGUAAUGGUAAUAGUGAGAUCAUAGGGUUUUGUUUAAUUUUAUAUGGUUCUAUCUACCUGCAAGAGGAUCUUCUUGACAUGUUUAAUCUUUUGUAAUCAAACGGAAACUAUAUGGUUAAGUGUUAGUGUAUACAUAUAAAUGUGGUGUUGGUGUGA